GGGGAAAAAAGGAAAACAAGAUUAUUCUCCAAAGUUUGUCCUUAAAAGGGUAAUGAUUUGCUAUCCAGCUCAUACAAAUAUUUAUCAUUAUGAAAUAUUUAUUUAUUUCUUUUUAUAAUUUUAUUUAAAGGGUAAUGAACUAAUGAUUUGUUAAUAUUUGUCACCAUCAACACUUUGAGUGAGUAUAUAAAAAAGCCUAUCAAACUGAAUCCCAACUUAUUUCCACCAAUGAAGUCCAAUCCUAUUGAACUUCCCACCACCACCAAUGGCAACCUCCACAAACCACUCAUCAACACCAAGCACUUCAUCCUCCCUAUAACCACCCUAGCCCUAUUAAUCACAAUCCAUCUAUAUGUUGGAAACUUUUCCGACCACCCGUUGAUUAAUCCUGCCACACCGGCAGGAGACUCAACGGGUGAUGAUGACAAGUGUAACGUUUUUCAGGGCACUUGGGUGUUUGAUGAUGAGAGGGAAACGUACUAUACGAAUGAAACAAAGUGCAUCAUCGAUGAUCGACAAAAUUGUAUGAAGUAUGGGAGGCCGGAUACUGAUUACUUGAAGUGGAGGUGGCAGCCAGAUAAAUGCGAUUUACCUGAAUUUGACGCGGUUGAGUUCUUGGAGGCUGUCAGAGGGAAACGCUUGGCCUUUAUCGGCGACUCGGUAGGAAGAAACCAAAUGCAAUCAUUGGUUUGCAUGUUAGCUAGUGAAGCUUAUCCCAUUGAUGUUACAAAUAUAAAUGAUACAGAUACCAAAAGAUGGGUCUUUCCUCCCUACAAUUUUACACUAGUCGCAAUCUGGUCUCCUAUGUUGGUCACAAGUAGAGAUCCACAUCCUGAAAAAUUCAGCCGCAACAGUCUAAUGAACCUGUAUUUAGACGAGCCAGAAGAAGUAUGGACAUCAGAGCUAGAUAACAUUGAUAUCGCCAUAUUUUCAGCCGGGCAGUGGUUUUUUCGACCAUUUAUGUACUACGAAAAGGGUGAGCUUAUUGGUUGUCAUUUCUGCAAUCAACCAAACAUUACAGAAAUCAGUCUUUACGACGCGUACCAGAGGGCAUACAACACAACCUUCACCACCCUGCUAAACCACCAGAACUACACAGGAUUAACAUUUUUAAGAACAUUUUCACCACAACAUUUUGAGAACGGUGAGUAUAACAACGGAGGGAAUUGUGUGAGAACGAGACCCUUCACGAAGCAGGAAAUGAGGUUGGACGGUUACAAGUUAAUGAUGUAUUCUACUCAAGUGAACGCGUUCAAAGAAGCACAAAAAGAAGCCGAACAAAAGGGGUUGAAACUUAGAUUGAUGGACACCAGUAAUGCAAUGAUAUUGAGGGCAGACGGACACCCGAACCAUUUCGGACAUCCAGCGAGUGAUAAGAAAAGUUUUGCAGACUGUGUGCAUUGGUGCAUGCCGGGCCCUGUGGACACGUGGAACGAGUUCUUGCUCGAAAUGUUAAAGAUGGAAGGAGAAGGUUUUAUAGAGAAAACAUAUCAGAGGAACACCACAAAGCUGAACCUCAGAUGAAUUUUGUAUAACUUUGAUUCAAAGAUGUAAUUACACUAUCUUUAGAAUUUGUAUCUAGUCCAUAAAUGUUUAAGCAAGAUUUCAAGAGUGAUUAUAGUAAGUAUUAUUUACAAAUACA